AUAAAUUGCGAAUUUAUUCGGUUUUUCUUCCAAUCGAAUUGAUAUCCCAUGUUCCAUAUGACCUUAUCGGUGACUACAACUACAUAGUACUCACUAAAAAUUAUAAGACGGACAGUGACUAUUAGAGUAUUAGAGUAAAUAUUAUUGUUGUUGUGUCGAACAAGAGUUGGGUAUUAUCGAACACUUUAAGAACAAAGGAAGCGAUUGACGGAUAAGGGAUACAAUUAUCGCUUAUAACUCAAACAACAGCCGUCGUCGAAGAUGGGUGCUUUAUUUUCAUUGUGCACAGUUGGUCAACUGGCAUGCUGUUGCGGUCAAGCAGCAUGCUCUCUCUUUGCAUGUUGCCCGUCGUGCGGAAAUUCUACGUCGACAAAAGUGAUGUAUGGACUCAUGUUACUCGUAGCUAUCGUUAUAAGUUGCAUCACACUUGCUCCUGGACUGCAAUCGUUUUUACAAAAGGUACCAUUUUGUGAAGGUGAUCACAACUCUGGUAUAACUAGUAAUAUUGUCAAUAACAUAUCUGGUGUUUCUAUUGAUUGUAAAAAUGCUGUUGGCUACAUGGCGGUUUAUAGAAUUUGUUUUGCCAUGUUCAUAUUCUUUGCACUCAUGUCGUUUAUUAUGAUGGGUGUGAAGAAUUCUAGAGAUGGACGAGCCCCCAUACAAAAUGGAUUCUGGGGAUUGAAAUAUCUCAUUGUGUUUGCUGGUAUUGUUGGUUCAUUUUUCAUUGCGCCAGGAAGCUUUAGUCACAUAUGGAUGAUUUGUGGUAUGAUUGGAGGUUUUAUUUAUCUCAUUCUCCAGUUUGUACAAGUCUUAGAUUCUGCUCAUUCAUUGGCUGAAUCAUGGCUGGACAAAUGGGAACAAACUGAAGAUAAAAGAUGGUAUUUUGCAUUACUAUUUACUACAGUAGUAUCAUAUGGACUAGCAAUUACUGGAGUCAUUAUUAUGUAUCACAGUUUUACCCAGGAGAAUGGAUGUGCUUUGAAUAAAUUUUUUAUCAUAUUAACAAUUGUAAUAUGCUUAAUUAUUAGUUCAAUUUCAAUUACUUCAUGUGUACAACGUGUUCAUGAAAAAUCAGGUUUAUUGCAAUCGUCUAUUGUUAGCUUGUAUGUGGUUUAUCUUACUUGGUCAGCACUCAAUAGUGGUCCAGAAACUCAAUGUAAUAAGAGCUUGUCAGAAGUCUUGAGUCUGUCUAGUUCAGACGGUUCUAAAGUUCAUUUGGGUUCAGAAAAUAUAGUCAGCAUAGGCAUUUUUGUUUUAUUUGUACUAUACUCUGCUAUAAAAACGGGAUCUUCCUCAAAGUUCUCCAUGAGUAAUUCUACGGAAAGAAGCAAUGAUAGUGACCUUGAAGGAGGACCCGUGUCGGACAAUGAUAAUAACUCUGGUAAACUGUUUGAUGAUGAAAAAGAAGGAGUCGCUUACUCAUGGUCAUUUUAUCACUUCACAUUUGCUAUGGCUACUUUAUUCUUGAUGAUGACCCUUACAAAUUGGUAUUCACCUAACUCCAGCUUAGACAACCUUCAUCCAGACUAUGCUUCUACAUGGAUUAAGAUAUUAUCCUGUUGGGUUUGUGCUGGUCUUUAUGUUUGGACAUUAGUGGCACCAAUUUUAUUACCAGAACGUGAAUUUUAAACUUCAUCAUUAUUAAAAGUAUUAAAUAAGUUAUAUUAAGCUCAUCUAUUAAUAUUUUUAGUUUUAAUUUUAUAUCUAAAUAAUAUCAAACUAUUAUUAUUUAAUUUUUACAAUAUAAUAGCUGAGGAAUAUGUUAAAACCAUGGAAAUUUAUUCCCAACUACUCUACUGUGAUUAAAUCAAUUACAACUUACAAGUAUUCAUGAUCAACAUAAAUUAUUAAAACCAAUUUGGUUAUGUAAACAUAAUUUGUAUUUAGUCGCUUAUAGUUUGAUUAUGUGAUUGAUACAAUGAACAGCAUUUUAUGACCUUAGAUUUUAAAUAUAGUUUAUAUUUUACAAUUUUUUAUAGAUGACACUUGAACACUUGAACAAUUAACAAUACAUUUAAAUUGUUUUACAUAUUUUAUUCCAAUUUUUAUUUAAAAAUAUUGAAGUUAAUAAUAUAAAAUAAAUUAAAUUAUGUAUUUUAUGCAAUUGCUGACAUAAAUGUGUGAUUUUUAUUAAUUUGUAUUGAUUAUGUUGUGAUAUUACUAAAGUUAAAUAUAUGUAUACAUACUUAAUUAUCUUAUUUCAUAGUUAUGUAGUCUAUUAUUGUAUUAUGAUUUGAUGCAUGGUACUUAAAAUUAUAUAAAUUUUAGAUCAUAUUGAGUAUGAUGUAUGCAA